GGCAGGGGAGGGGUAGGCGGCGCGGAAACUUGGCCUCGGCUUUCCGGGAGCUGUGGCUCGGGAGGGGGUGGCGCAGGAAGGGUCGCUACCCAGUCGGGACCGGGCCGCCGGCUUCCCGGAGCGCCGUGCGCUCCUCCCGUCCCCGGGCUUGCGCUCUCGGAAGGGGCGCGCCCGCGCGAACCUCGCUCCCGUCACCGCCCACUCCUCCUCCCCGCGGCCGCCCCUCCCUCCGCCCGGACAGCCGGCGGCGGCUGCGGCGGCGGCGGCCGGGAGAGGCCCCUCCUUCACGCCCUCCUUCUUUCCCUCGCUCGCAGCGGAGCGGAGCCGGCGGACGCGGCUGGGCCCCCAACCCUCCCCGGGCCAUGGCCGGCAACGUGAAAAAGAGCUCUGGGGCCGGGGGCGGCGGCAGCUCCGGGGGCUCGGGCUCUGGCGGCCUGAUCGGGCUCAUGAAGGACGCCUUCCAGCCGCACCACCACCACCACCACCACCACCUCAGCCCCCACCCGCCCGGCACCGUGGACAAGAAGAUGGUGGAGAAGUGCUGGAAGCUCAUGGACAAGGUGGUGCGGUUGUGUCAGAACCCAAAGCUGGCGCUAAAGAAUAGCCCACCUUAUAUCUUAGACCUGCUGCCAGAUACCUACCAGCAUCUGCGCACUAUCUUGUCAAGAUAUGAGGGGAAGAUGGAGACACUUGGAGAAAAUGAGUAUUUUAGGGUGUUCAUGGAGAAUCUGAUGAAGAAAACUAAGCAGACCAUAAGCCUCUUCAAGGAGGGGAAAGAAAGAAUGUAUGAGGAGAAUUCUCAGCCUAGGCGAAACCUAACCAAACUGUCACUGAUCUUCAGCCACAUGCUGGCGGAACUAAAAGGAAUCUUUCCAAGUGGACUCUUUCAAGGAGACACAUUUCGGAUUACGAAAGCAGACGCUGCAGAAUUUUGGAGGAAAGCUUUUGGGGAAAAGACAAUAGUCCCUUGGAAGAGUUUCCGACAGGCCCUUCACGAAGUGCAUCCCAUCAGUUCCGGGCUCGAGGCCAUGGCUCUGAAAUCCACUAUUGAUCUGACCUGCAAUGAUUAUAUUUCAGUUUUUGAAUUUGACAUCUUUACAAGACUCUUUCAGCCGUGGUCCUCUUUGCUCAGGAACUGGAACAGUCUUGCUGUAACUCAUCCCGGAUACAUGGCUUUCCUGACGUAUGAUGAAGUAAAAGCUCGGCUCCAGAAGUUCAUUCACAAACCCGGAAGUUACAUUUUCCGGCUCAGCUGCACUCGUCUGGGUCAGUGGGCUAUUGGGUAUGUCACUGCUGACGGGAACAUUCUCCAGACAAUCCCACACAAUAAACCUCUCUUUCAAGCCCUGAUUGACGGCUUCAGGGAAGGCUUCUAUCUGUUUCCAGAUGGACGGAAUCAGAAUCCUGACCUGACAGGCUUGUGUGAACCAACUCCCCAAGACCACAUCAAAGUGACCCAGGAACAAUAUGAAUUAUACUGUGAGAUGGGCUCCACAUUCCAACUGUGUAAAAUAUGUGCUGAAAAUGAUAAGGAUGUAAAAAUCGAGCCCUGUGGACACCUCAUGUGCACGUCCUGUCUUACGUCCUGGCAGGAAUCAGAAGGCCAGGGCUGUCCUUUCUGCCGAUGUGAAAUUAAAGGUACUGAGCCCAUUGUGGUAGAUCCGUUUGACCCUAGAGGAAGUGGCAGCCUGCUGAGGCAAGGAGCCGAGGGAGCUCCCUCCCCAAAUUAUGAUGACGAUGACGACGAACGAGCUGAUGAUUCUCUCUUUAUGAUGAAGGAAUUGGCUGGUGCCAAGGUGGAACGGCCUCCCUCUCCAUUUUCAGUGGCCCCGCAAGCCUCCCUUCCCCCGGUGCCGCCGCGACUUGACCUUCUGCAACAGCGGGUGUCUAUUCCUUCAAGUGCUUCUGGGCUUGGAAGUGCUUCUAAGGCAGCUUCUGGCUCCCUUCAUAAGGACAAACCAUUACCGAUACCUCCCACACUUCGAGAUCUUCCACCACCGCCCCCUCCAGACCGGCCAUACUCUGUUGGAGCAGAAAGCCGGCCUCAGAGACGCCCCUUGCCUUGCACACCAGGCGACUGUCCGUCCAGGGACAAACUGCCCCCUGUUCCCUCUAGCCGCCUUGGGGAAUCAUGGCUGCCUCGGCCGAUCCCCAAAGUACCAGUGGUCGCUCCAAACGCUGGUGACCCCUGGACAGGUAGAGAAUUAACCAACCGGCACUCACUUCCAUUUUCAUUGCCCUCACAAAUGGAGCCCAGAACAGACGUGCCUAGGCUUGGAAGCACAUUCAGUGUGGAUACCUCCGUGAAUAUGAAUAACAGCCCAUUAGCAGGUUCAGAGUUUGAGCACCCCAAAAUCAAACCUUCUGCGUCUGCCAGUGCCAUUUAUUCUCUGGCUGCCAGGCCUCUUCCUGUGCCAAAGCUGCCCCCCGGGGAGCAGGGUGAAAGUGAGGAGGACACGGAGUAUAUGACCCCCUCCUCCAGGCCUCUAGGACUUCCAAAACCGGAUGGGAAAUGGCCUUUGGACACAACCCAGAGUUCACGAGCGUGUGAUUGUGACCAGCAGAUUGAUAGCUGUACAUAUGAAGCAAUGUAUAAUAUUCAGUCCCAGGCGGCACCGGCUGUCACAGAGAGCAGCACCUUUGGUGAAGGGAAUCUGGCCCCGGCCCACGCCAGCACCGGACCCGAGGAGUCUGAAAAUGAGGAGGAUGGCUAUGACGUCCCCAAGCCGCCUGUGCCGGCAGUGCUGGCCCGGCGGACUCUGUCCGACAUCUCUAACGCCAGCUCUUCGUUCGGCUGGUUGUCUCUGGAAGGCGACCCCACUGCAAACUUCACUGAGGGUUCCCAAGUUCCCGAAAGGCCUCCCAAACCGUUCCCUCGGAGAAUCAACUCUGAACGAAAAGCAGGUAGCUGUCAGCAAGGUGGUGCCGCCCCCGCCCCACCGCAGCUCUCCAGCGAGAUCGAGAACCUCAUGAGUCAGGGAUACUCCUACCAGGACAUUCAGAAAGCUUUGGUCAUUGCCCACAACAACAUCGAAAUGGCCAAAAAUAUCCUCCGGGAAUUUGUUUCUAUUUCUUCUCCCGCCCACGUCGCCACCUAGCACACCCCCGCCCCGCUGCAGCGUCAGAGGACCAGUGAGCCGGCCGCUCUUACUGGAGUGGCACCUGCAAGGGCAGAGGUGCCUUUGGAGACUUCGCGGUGAGGUCUCGCCCUCUCUGUGGGGUUUCACAUCCGUGGUUCCAAGAUUUCAAAGCAGUGGAAUGAACAUGGAGCAGCUAGUGUGUUUUAUUAUUUUAUUUGUUUUGAGAGUGGAUUCGAAGGUGUCCUUCAGUCCUCACCUUAGAGUGUGGAUUCUUAGUAAAUGGUAGCCUACCUGGGGAACAGUCCGGAAAGCAGUAGGAGAAGUAUUGUGCUGUAAAUCCUCACUGGGGACUUCAGACUUCCCUGGGUUAAGGAUGUGGUUGUGUUUCUGUCUGUCUGUGGUUGCGUGUGUCCUGUGAUUAUAAGAUUAACCUGCUGUGUGUGUUAAUCCCAGGCAGGGAAUUAGCACAAGAGGUUUAGGAAGGAAUCGUUUAAAGACUUCCAUCUACUGUGGUAUUCUACCCAACCCCAGUGUGUAUUACAACUUCAACACUCCCCGACGGCUUGGAUUACCACGUGCAUAGCUCAAGUCUUGUAUUUUUAGAACACCCUCCCUCUGUCCUUUGUCCUGCUUCCUCCUCCUCCUUGGUGUCUGUCAUUGGCAGUGGGCUUGCUGUGACCAGACUUACUGAAGCCGAGUGGCUUAUAGGAUGUUCCUUAUUACGUGUGAUGGUUGGUGUUGGUUUGUGUGGUAGAUGGGUAGUGGGGGAAAAAGUACUGUUGCUGUAUCCUUAUAGUCAUGUUUGAUCUAGCAGCUAACACUGGUCACUCCAAAGCACUGUUUCCAUAGGAACAUCGACUCUGUUAAAGUACGAUGUUUUCAUUAUCCUAAUUCCAUAAUGACUGAUUCGAGAUAGAGGCCUUCAGAUACAUUCCAUGCCCUCCCCAGAAGGUGGUCUGUGGGAGUCCGUUGCCUUGAUGCCAGGUACGUGUUCUAACGUAGGCCGUGGGUUUUUCUGCUUCACGGGAAGGGAAGGGCAUUUGUUUCCAGCAGUGGCUUUCUGACCUGAAUACCACAAAACUUUUAGCAAGCUUCACGCACAGGCUCUUUGCCUUGUUCUACAUAAGAUGCACAAAAUAGUGAAGAUGUCUCUGUUGGGUUUUUUUUCCCCGGUGAGUUAAUUCCAGCUUAUACGGGUGUCUCCCUUUGAACAUGAGCCAGGUUAUAUUUUCGGAGGAGAAUCUGCUCUUUGCCCUCGAAGGAAAGGGGCUGACACCCAUGGUGGUGCAGCAUUGCGCUGACAGCCCCAGUCCCGCAUCGGGGCCUCCGACAGCUGGGUUUCCCUUGUGCCUGUGGCUUUGGGCAUGUAGCACGUCCUUCCGUCUCCUCGUCACCUUAGUCCUGUGUACUCACUCGUGACUGCGUUCUCCACGGUAAUUAGCAUUCAGUGUAUAAAUGACUUUACUGUGGUCAGAGACCGUAUGUGAGAAGCCUGACGAUUUGUGCAAUUGCAGGUUACAAAGGAGAUUCAGGGUCCAGCACGGGGCACCCGUUAGUCGGUUCCUGGAGGUGCUGCGAAAUGACCCCUGGAGUUGGGUCAGUUCUCUGUCCAGUCUUUGCUGGCUUCCCCAGCAAAGCGGGUGUACCCCCUCGCUUGUCAGAAGCACGCCUGCUCUUUGAUCAAUCUGCCCUCCUCAAAAUCUAAAUCACGCUUUUGUCUUUAGAUCCAGAAUCUCUUCAGAUCGGUUUUCUUUCUCAUCUUGUCAUCUGUGGAACUAAAAUUUUUUCUAACUCUUCUCUUGGCUCUCAGCUGUUCCUAGACCUGUUGGCUUUAUCCUCUUGCCUCCGAACCAUUUACAUUCCCAGGGUAGAAGGUACAGGACUUCUUGUUAAUUUGCUCUGGUUCCCCAAUGUCUGCUCCACGUGGCGGAAAACAGCCCAGCCCACCGUCAGGUGCAGGAGGUGUCCUGAUGGUCGUGGCCGGGGGCAGGGAGAGUGGCAGUAACCUAGCGUCUCCUUCUAAAAGCCAGUAAGGAUAUGGUUUCGUUUGUGGUAACGUUCAGUUUGUAUUUUGUUUAAAUGCUGAAGACCCAGACGAAAAACUAGAAGAAAUGGCAGCAUUUUCCAUGCCUGCCCACACUGGAAGUUUUCCUUGUCUGCAGACAUUGCCCAUAGUCUGAAGAUGUGUCAAGAGAACAGAACACUGAUUCUGCAUAUCUUUUGCCUGUUCAGUGUAUCCAAAAUCUUUGGAGAGUGUGUCCUUACACAUAUAUAGGCUAAGGGCGAGUUCAUCCUUUUGUUCCUCGUUGAGCGCCCCUGUGGCUCAUGGGGUCAGGCCUCCAACUGGGGUGUCAGAUCCCAGUGUUGGACAUACGCUUCAUUGAUUGGCUUGGUCAUCGGCCUGGCAGCUGGGUAGCUAUAGGCUUUCAAGCUUCUGAGACCAUCCUGUGAGGUUUUCUCUCCUCAGGUCUGUGAGGACAGACCUGGGUCCAAGCCUCAGGUCACCAAGGUAGUCUCACGAAAGUUUUCACGUGGAGGCUUGUCUUGAGGGUAUUUCCAAAACUUUAAUCUCUUAAAUUUUCCUUGGGCUAAGGCACAAAUACCAGCUUCUUCAUCCUCCAUUCGUAUGGCAGUUUUUAAUUCCUGGGCUCUGCUCUGAAUUUAGAAUUGCUCUUUCAGAAGUUGGCUUUGAGUUUUGCCAUUUUGGGUAAACCCAUCUCCCUUCUCCCUCCGAAUUACAAGUGGUUCCUUCUGUGUUAACUUGCCAGGUGGGUAAGGUAAAAGUCACUUUGAUGUUUUUCUUUUUUCUCAAAUGCAUUUGGCUAUUCUGUUCAGUCCAGUCUCCUUUCCCUCUUUCUGGCUUGCCCUGCACGGCCUGCCUCUGUGCUCCUCUGUGCUGCUCUGUGCUCCUCUGUGCCCAGCUGCCCUCUGUGCUCCUUCCACUAAAGUAAAAGAUUCCCAGAGCAGAAACACCUGUGGGCUCUGUGAUAUACCUCCCUUUAAGAAAAUAAGAGAUUGGGCACUUUCCGGUCUCCACGUGCAUCUGUUCAUUCUUAUGUAAGUAAUGAUCUGCACCUUGGACGGCCAUUCUCUUCCACUAUCCCUCCUCCCCCCCACUCAACACACUCCGCCAUUCUUCUGUGCUCUUCCCAGACAGAUGACACCAGGGCUCAGGAUGGGGGACAGUGCUCGUAGUGUCAUGCAGCUGCUUUGCGGGUUAAAAUUUUUGGAUGGGGGUCGCUAUUCU